AUGGCGCUUGAAGCGAAGGAGGUCCUAGCAUGUAUUCGCGGAAUCCUUUCGUUAUCCUGGAGGGCCGGUUAUACAUUCGCCCAAAAGCACCCGCUGGGUUCCAUGAUAGCCUCAUUCUUCCUCCUCCUGUAUCUGUUUUUCCCAUAUGUGUUCAAGCUUCUCAUGAUCAGUAUCCCCAUAGCUUUCUCUGCUGUUACUCUUGUUCGAGUUCUUUCCAGGGAUGGAACUGGAAUUCUCCAAAUCCCGAGUGGCAGCAAAGACGAGAAAACGAACCGCGUUAUCCCGCCUGUAAAGCUGAAGUCCGGCGAGGAAGGCGCGACUAAUACAACUCACCAAUACCAGAAGCCGUUGAUACGAGCGCAAAUGAGCAAACGCCGUAACUUCAAGACAAAAUGGGAAGACGCUCAUGCUGAAGGUGGUGGUGUUAAGGAGGUGAAACGCGUGACUUUUUCUACGACUUGCGGUGAUAGUCUGAUUGGCGGAGACAGAAAGGAGAAGGAGAAUGAUUUUCAGGGCGGGUGUUGCUCCUUGGGUAAUGGAGAGAGCUCCAGUUCCCACGAAUCAGAUAGAGAUUUAAAACAUAUGAAUGAGUACCCGCUAACCUCAGAGUCAGGGGAUCCGAAGCCUGAAAUUGAAGUUUCUAAGGAUGAUAAAGGUGGCGUUAUGGGCCAGUUAGAGGCGGAUAUCUUGGAAGAAGCAGAAUAUGAAGACGAAGAAGAGGCACAAGAGGAUGGGGACAAGGCUGUGGAGUGGACAGAGGACGAUCAGAAGAAUCUCAUGGACCUCGGCCUGUCCGAGCUAGAAAGGAACCGGAGACUGGAGAAUCUAAUCGCAAAGCGAAGGGCGAGGAAACUCGUGGGAACAAAGGUCCAGGAGAAUUUACUUGACAUGGACAUUGGUCCUGCGGGUUAUAUUCCGCCUGUUCAGAUUUCAAAGAACCCCUUCGAUCCCCCUAUUUGCUCGGAUGAGGCUCUGGACUUGCAGAUACCCGGGUCAGCUCCUUCAGUUCUGUUGCCUGCACGAAACCCUUUUGACCUUCCUUAUGAUCCUCAAGAGGAGAAGCCAAAUCUCACAGUGGAGGGUUUCCAAAGUGACUUCCUUGCGAGUCAGCCUAAGGACAUCUUCUGUAGGCAUGAGAGCUUCUUCCUAGGGCCCUCUUUCUCCGUAGAAACUAGCCUUGAUCAAGAUCUCAGGAAUGCAGAUAUUUAUUCUGUUACAGAGAAGAGGGCUCUGAGAGAGCCACUAUUCCCGAGAUUGAGAAAGUUCUCAGGAGAUCAUGACAGACUGGUGGAACAAAUUCUGUACCACAGAGACUAUGGCAUGGGUUCUGGCCAGGCUGAACAUGAAACUAAACCUGAAAAUGAUAAUGGCGGGGUAGGAGUUCUUGAAGAUAAGCAGGAACGUGCCGAGGACAUCGAGCUGAAGGUGUUUAAAGACAAAAACCACACAAAAUCAGGUUCUAUCGAUGAAGAAGACGGCGACCAGAGCUCCAUAUCAACAUCAGACAACGACGGACAGGCGACAAGUGAGGAUGGGAACGAUGUUUUGAUCAGUUCGCAAUUUCCCAAUACGGCAAACAUUUCUGUGCACAAGACCUUUGAAUAUUCAGUACCCAAUGGCAUAGCAACGGAUGAGGAUUUGUCUAGUCCACUUGGUAUGGCCGAUCUAGACAAGCGGACGGGCCAUUCCUGCACAUACUCCAUAGCUUCUGACAUGCAAGUGGAGGUCUCUGAAUCCAGUUCCCCUCGGACCAUAGAUUACGCUACUUCGCCUCCUGAGCUUGAGUGCUCCACUAAUUGUGAAGAUGUCCGAAAGGAGGUUUUCCCAGGUAGUGAAGAAAUAUGGGGAGCCUUGUCCUACCUAUCCAGAGUAGAGGAAGAUGAAACAAAAGACGACAUAGAUAAUUUCAAAGCAAAUGAGAGCUCGAAAGAUCCAUUUGGAUCAUCCAUUCCCUCCUAG